GAUGCAUAUCUCCUUCACUUCCCUCUUUGCUAUUGCUAGCCUUACCAGCCUUGCCUUGGCCAGCAAUGGUAAGGAUGGUCACCAACACGGCCACAAGGGUCACGGUAAUAAGGCUCCCAAGGGUAAAGUCUUUGACCACUUUCUCCAAAUUUGGUUUGAAAAUCAGGAUUUCGAAGAUGUUGCCAAGGUCCCUGGCUUUACUGAUCUUGCCAAGCAAGGUAUCCUCUUAGACAACUUCAAUGCCAUCACUCACCCUUCUGAACCAAACUAUGUCUGUGCUGGUGGUGGAGAUAACUUUGGUAUUGAUAAUGAUGACUACUACAACAUCCCUGCCAAUGUCACUACUAUUUACGAUCUCCUUGAGAACAAGGGCUUAACUUGGAAGGUCUAUCAAGAAAACAUCCCCUCUGUUGGCUACACAGGAUAUAAGUCUGGUACCUAUGUCCGCAAGCACAACCCUGCUGUCAUCUUUGACUCUGUCGGAUUGAACAAGACUCGUCUACAAAAUAUUGUUGGUGGAGACCAAUUUGUCAAAGAUAUUGCCUCUGGUGAUCUCCCCAACUGGAUGUUUUAUACCCCCGAUAUGAACGACGAUGCCCAUGAUACUAAUGCUUCAUUUGCUGGCGAAUGGCUCUCCAAGUUCUACAAAUCCACUUUAAACAAUAAGGAAUUCCUCAAGAAGACAUUGAUCUUGAUUACCUUUGACGAGAACAAGUCCACAAAGACCAAACGUAACAGAGUCUGGUCUCUCUUGAUGGGUGAUAUUCCCAAAAAGUUGAGAGGUACUGUCGACAGCACUUUCUAUUCUCACUUCUCUACCUUGAAUACUGUUGAACUCAACUGGGAACUUGGUAGCUUGGGCCGUCAAGAUACUAACAAGACCAUGAACAACGUCUACUCUUUUGCUGCCAAGAAGCUUCAUUACAAGAAUAAGGAUGUGCCCGAAAGUGAAAUUCCUUCUGGUAUUCCUGCCAUUUCUGGUUUACUCACCGGUCGUUCUUGGAAUCAAACACAUCUCAACUCUACCGAACUCCCUCCUCAACCUAGAUAAAUUAUAAAUCCAUAUUCAUAACUUUCAUUGUUAGUACUGUAAUCUAUAUUUAUGUAUUUUUAUUUUCAAUAAACGUAUCAAUAUCAUAAUACUCUCAUAUUUUCUUACAAACUUGCCCUCUCUCUUAACCUUAUUUUC